AUGUGGCCCAGCGUGUUACUUACCCUGGUAUUAUUAAGUUCUGUAAACUCAGAAAAUGGAACUCUCACUGAUGUCGAAACGUGUGAUGCUUGGGAUUCUGGACCAUUUAGCUUACUCCUCGAAGAAUGGGCUACCUCGGAACCAGCUCCACAACGACAAGGUCGAGUAAUGGCGUUACCACCAACAAAGGGCUACUAUGUCACGGAACGUAUAGACGGCCCUCUAGUGCCACCGCCGCUUCCGCCGCACAGUCAAACAUCCCACUCACACGGCCCCGGUAGACCAAUACCACUUCAGCCCAACUCUGCGUAUAACAAUGCGCCUCCACAGGGUUAUAAUGGACCACACGGGUAUAAAGAAUGGGAUUUAACCCCCUCUGCAUCGAACGGAAAGAUUGUUAACAAACCGCCUUACAAGGACAAGUUUAGACCGAGUUAUGCACCCCCAACACCACCUCGACCUCAACAACCAAAUUCCAUCGACCGCGUGGACGACCCCCCUCGGAAGCAAGUGACAGAAACAGAUUUAUACCUGCUGGGAGCUAUUGAGAAACUGGUGUAUCGUGCGGACCUAAUGGAGAAACGUUUACGGAAACUGGAAGAGACGCUUCACCAUAUUGUCGCUGGACAGGAGGCUAAACCAGAGCCAUGCGUAGCUAACUACACACGUGUUGGCGACAAUUGCUACCAGUGGUCUGCUGAAGCAGUAGAUUGGAAAGGAGCGAGCCUCGCCUGUCGCAAGCAGCGAGCGCCUUUACUCGAACUUCAUCACGACAAUCAUAGAAAACAGCUGAUCAGUACAAUUUUAGCUGAUAAACAACUUAAGGGUAAAGACUUCUGGACUGGCGGUCUGAACCCAGGUCUGCUGUGGAUAUGGUCGCACUCCGCUAAGCCAGUUGAAGCCUCAAAUUCAACCAGCAUUGUUGGUGAGGGUCGGUGCCUCGCUCUAAUAUACGAUCCAGCCUUGAACAACUACGUUUAUCGGGGCCAAGACUGUGCCCUGAAGCACCGCUACAUUUGCCAAAAGGAGGAAGACAAAACAAAAUUGAGCAACGAAAUUGAUAGAGCUGCGAGAAAAUUGCGCCUUGACGGACCCAGAAAGUCCAAACUAUUGUGGGACGAUUAG